CAUGCUCACGUGAGAGAGGGAACGCCUACUUACAAGACAGGAACCGUGACCAUGUUUUCCAAUGGUAAACUGCCUGAGUAAGACAUAUUUGCUACUACCAGACGUCGAAUCGGAGUUGCUAUCUCAUUUUAAACCAUAAAUGAUACUAGUGGAAUGUCAUAUUGCUAAUCUAUAAAACAACAAUAUAUAAGUUUCUUCAUCUAAAUGGUCCUUCCAAACUUCUAGUUGUGUAUAUGCCAGGUUACUGUAGCAGGGUUUUAUAUCGAUCCACAGGAACAAAAGAACAAAACACAGGUAAGAACUUGUUGUGUCACUCGUAGGCUAUAUUGAAAACGUACCCACAUAGUCUAGGCUACGUGUAGCCAGCCAGGCCCAGUUAAUACUGGAGACAGUGUUUGUGAAAUAAUGACAGUAACCCAUAGCCUUCUAUUGUGCAAACUCAAUUUGCGAUCCCCCACAACGACGGUUUAGGAUUACAGAGUUGCGAAACGGGCUGGAUUAUUUGAUUUCACAGCAAACUGCUGCGCUGAUGAGCGCAAAUAUCAGCUCAAUAGUAUUUGGCAAGCAUCAAAAUAAGAAUCACACCAUUUAAACCACUGUAGCCUAUAACUGUUUAUUACAUAUGCUAUAUAGACUAAAAUUAAACCAUUGUUAAUGGAAUACUUUAUACUAUUCCAGGUAUUCCUUAAAGAGGUAGGGUUUCAAGUGUCUCCGGAAGGUGGUCCGGAUUGGUCCAAAUUGUGAUGUAGAUGUGAUGGGAAACGCAUUUCCUGCAAUUCUGCACAGUUUGACCUGAUUUAUCGUGACUCUCUUGAGGGGUAUUUUGAGGGGUAUAUGGAGGGGUAUUCUGAAAACACAGUAUAAGUGGAAGGCAAAUAUUAAGACGUAAAAUAUGAAGACUGAGUUGUAUUAUAAUGAUCCACACACACAUAUUUAUUUAUAUUAAGGAGAAACAAAAGUUGAAGACUGAAUUUUAUUAUAGUUGGAGUUUGCCUACCUUAUGCCCAGUCCACACACACACACACACACACACACACACACACACACACACACACACACACAUAUAUACAUACACUACCGUUCAAAAGUUUGGGGUCACAUUGAAAUGUCCAUGUUUUCCAUGAAAACAUACAUGAAAUGAGUUUGAAUAGGAAAUAUAGCAAAAUGAAUAGGAAAUGUAGUCAUUGACAAGGUUAAAAAUAAUGAUUUUUAAUUGAAAUAAUAAUUGUGUCCUUCAAACUUUGCUUUCGUCAAAGAAUCCUCCAUUUGCAGCAAUUACAGCCUUGCAGACCUUUGGCAUUCUAGUUGUCAAUUUGUUGAGGUAAUCUGAAGAGAUUUCACCCCAUGCUUCCUGAAGCACCUCCCACAAGUUGGAUUGGCUUGAUGGGCACUUAUUACGUUCCAUACGGUCAAGCUGCUCCCACAACAGCUCAAUAGGGUUGAGAUCCGGUGACUGUGCUGGCCACUCCAUUAUAGACAGAAUACCAGCUGACUGCUUCUUCCCUAAAUAGUUAUUGCAUAGUUUGGAGCUGUGCUUUGGGUCAUUGUCCUGUUGUAGGAGGAAAUUGGCUCCAAUCAAGCGUCGUCCACAGGGUAUGGCAUGGCGUUGCAAAAUGGAGUGAUAGCCUUCCUUCUUCAAGAUCCCUUUUACCCUGUACAAAUCUCCCACUUUACCACCACCAAAGCACCCCCAGACCAUCACAUUGCCUCCACCAUGCUUGACAGAUGGCAUCAAGCACUCCUCCAGCAUCGUUUCAUUUUGUCUGCGUCUCAAAAUGUUCUUUUUUGUGAUCCGAACACCUCAAACUUUGAUUCGUCUGUCCAUAACACUUUUUUUCCCCAAUCUUCCUCUGUCCAGUGUCUGUGUUCUUUUGCCCAUCUUAAUCUUUUAUUUUUAUUGGCCAGUCUGAGAUAUGGCUUUUUCUUUGCAACUCUGCCUAGAAGGUCAGCAUCCCGGAGUCGCCUCUUCACUGUUGACGUUGACACUGGUGUUUUGCGGGUACUAUUUAAUGAAGCUGCCAGUUGAGGACCUGUGAGGCGUGUGUUUCUCAAACUAGACACUCUAAUGUAUUUGUCCUCUUGCUCAGUUGUGCACCGGGGCCUCCCACUCCUCUUUCUAUUCUGUUUAGAGCCAGUUUGCACUGUUCUGUGACGGGAGUAGUACACAGCCUUGUACGAGAUCUUCAGUUUCUUUGCAAUUUCUCGCAUGGAAUAGCCUUCAUUUCUCAGAACAAGAAUAGACUGACAAGUUUCAGAAGAAAGUUCUUUGUUUCUGGCCAUUUUUAGCCUGUAAUCGAAUCCACAAUUGCUGAUGCUCCAGAUACUCAACAAGUCUCAAGAAGGCCAGUUUUAUUGCUUCUUUAAUCAGCACAACAGUUUUCAGCUGUGCUAACAUAAUUGCAAAAGGGUUUUCUAAUGAUCAAUUCGCCUUUUAAAAUGAUAAACUUGGAUUAGCAAACACAACGUGCCAUUGGAACACAGGACUGAUGGUUGCUGAUAAUGGGCCUCUGUACACCUAUGUAGAUAUUCCAUUAACAAUCAGCCGUUUCCAGCUACAAUAGCCAUUAACAAUGUCUACACUGUAUUUCUGAUCAAUUUGAUGUUAUUUUAACGGACAAAAAAUUUGCUUUUCUUUCGAAAACAAGGACAUUUCUAAGUGACCCCAAACUUUUGAACGGUAGUGUAUAUAUAUACACUACCAGUCAAAAGUUUGGACACACCUACUCAUUCAAGGGUUUUUCUUUAUUUUUACAAUUUUUUACAUUGUAGAAUAAUAGUGAAGAUAUCAAAACUAUGAAAUAACACAUAUGGAAUCACAAAAAAAGUGUUAAACAAACAAGUAUAUUUUAUAUUUGAGAAUCUUCAAAUAGCCACCCUUUGCCUUGAUGACAGCUUUGCACACUCUUGGCAUUCUCUCAACCAACAUCACCUGGAAUGCUUUUCCAACAGUCUUGAAGGAGUUCCCACAUAUGCUGAUCACUUGUUGGCUGCUUUUCCUUCACUCUGCGGUCCAACUCAUCCCAAACCAUCUCAAUUGGGUUGAGGUCGGGGGAUUGUGGAGGCCAGGUCAUCUGAUGCAGCAUUCCAUCACUCUCCUUCUUGGUAAAAUAGUCCUUACACAGCCUGGAAGUGUGUUGGGUCAUUGUCCUGUUGAAAAACUAAUGAUAGUCCCACUAAGCCCAAACCUAAUGGGAUGGCGUAUCGCUGCAGAAUGCUGUGGUAGCCAUGCUGGUUAAGUGUGCCUUGAAUUCUAAAUAAAUCACAAAGAGUGUCACCAGCAAGCACCCCCACACCAUAACACCUCCUCCUCCAUGCUUUACGGUGGGAAAUACACAUGCGGAGAUCAUCCAUUCACCCACACCGCGUCUCACAAAGACACGGCGGUUGGAACCCAAAAUCUCCAAUUUGGCUCAAGACCAAAGGACACAUUUCCACCGGUCUAAUGUCCAUUGCUUGUGUUUCUUGGCCCAAGCAGGUCUCUUCUUCUUAUUGGUGUCCUUUAGUAGUGUUUUUUUUUUGCAGCAAUUCGACCAUGAAUGCCUGAUUCACACAGUCCCCUCCGAACAGUUGAUGUUGAGAUGUGUAUCUUACUUGAACGCCUCCAGAAGGCGAGGUCAGUACAGGUGCAUCAAAGCUGGGACAGAAAGAAUGAAAAACAGCUUCUAUCUCAAGGCCAUCACUGUUAAAUAGCCAUCACUAGCACAUUAGAGGCUAUUGAAAUCACUGGCCACUUUAAGAAAUGGAACACUAGUCACUUUAAUAAUGUUUACAUAUCUUGCACUACUCAUCUCAUAUGUAUAUACUGUAUUCUAUAAUAUUCUACUGUAUCUUAGUCCAUGCCGCUCUGUCAUUGCUUGUUCAUAUAUGUACAGUGCUAUGAAAAAGUAUUUGCCCCCUUUCUAAUUUUCUCUACUUCUGCAUAUUUGUGAUACUGAAUGUUAUCAGAUCUUCAACCAAAACCUAAUAUUAGAUAAAGGGAACAUAAGUGAACAAAUAACACAACAAUUACAUAUUUAUUUCAUUUAUUCAUAAACAAAGUCAUGCCACACCCAAUUCCGCUGUGUGAAAAAGUAAUUGCCCCCUUACACUCAAUAACUGGUUGUGCCACCUUUAGCUGCAAUGACUCCAACCAAAUGCUUCCUGUAGUUGUUGAUCAGUCUCUCACGUCGCUGUGGAGGAAUUUUGGCCCUCUCUUCCAUGCAGAACUGCUUUAACUCAGUGACGUGUGGGUUGUCAAGCAUGACAGAGCUUGAGAGGAUCUGCAGAGAAGAAUGGGAGAAACUCCCCAAAUACAUAGGUGCCAAGCUUGUAGUGUCAUACCCAAGAAGAUGCGAGGAUGUAAUCGCUGCCAAAGGUGCUUCAACAAAGUACUGAGUAAAGGGUCUGAAAACGUAUGUAAAUUUGAUAUUUCAGUUUUUUAUUUUUAAUAAAUGAGCCAACAUUUCAAAAAAUCAGUUUUUGAUUUGUCGUUGUGGGGUAUUGCGUGUAGAUUGAUGAGGGGAAAAAACAAUUUAAUCCAUUUUAGAAUAAGGCUUUAACAAAAUGUGGAAAAAGUCAAGGGGUCUGAAUACUUUCCGAAUGCACUGUGUAUAUAUAUAUAUAUAUAUAAAUAGUAAUUGAGUGUGAACAUAACAUGGACAAAGACUGACACUUAUGUUGUUGAAUGUUGAUCUGUCAGCAUCCACUCUGUCAUUCAGAAAGUUUAACUUUUAAUGACAGAAGAGCAGACGACGAAGUGGUACUGUUUUUGUGCGUUCGUUUUAGCCUGCCAGGAGUGCCGGGUCAGCUCCAUUUGCGUUUACAUCUCUUUAAACUCGAUGGGGCAGCCCAAAAUAUUAUUCCAGCCAACGGGAAAACCAGAAAGAACGCACCAUCUUUUCCUCUUCAAUCUGAGCCAGAUUAACAGAUUAACAGAUUAACUGCACUUUGACCUAAUGAGAAUGGGGGGGACUAUGGGUGGCAAAUCAUAUUUCAGGGGGGGUUGGUGCUCCCCCGGGCCAGACUAACGCAUUUGGGGCCUCGGGGCACCUACCUCCAGGGGGCUCAGCUUUUGCUGCAAUUCUACACAUUUUGCCAUACCAACUCUGUGACAUCUUUACAGCUCUGCUAACGUCUCUGAAAUAGACCAUCACUAAUCAGUCAAUCCACAAGCAGAGGGGCAGAGAGAAAAAUAAUUAUUGAUUCAAGACAUUUAAACUUUUCAUUUUUGCUGAAUUUCAAAAAAAAUCUAAAAACAUAAUUCCACUUUGACAUUAUGGAGUAUUGUGUGUAGAUCAGUGACACAAAGUCUACAUUUAAUCCAUUUUAAAUUCAGGCUGUAAAACAACAAGAUGUGGAAAAAGUCAAGUGGUGUGAAUACUUUCUGAAGACAUUGUAUAUACACUAUUUUUUAAUUUUAUUUAACCUUUAUUUAACUAGGCAAGUCAGUUAAGAACAAAUUCUUAUUUACAAUGACGGCCUACAAAAGUAUGUGGACACCCCUCAAAUUAGUGGAUUUGGCUAUAUCAGCCACACCCGUUGCUGACAGGUGUAUACAAUAAAGUACACAGCCAUGCAAUCUCCAUAGACAAACAUUGGCAGUAGAAGGGCCCAUAAUGAAGAGCUAAGUGACUUUCAACGUGGCACCGUCAUAGGACGCCACCUUUCCAACAACUCAGUUCGUCAAAUUUCUGCCCAGCUAGAACUGCCCCAGUCAACUGUAAGUGCUGUUAUUGUGAAGUGGAAAUGUCUAGGAGCAACAACGGCUCAGCCGCGAAGUGGUAGGCCACACAAGCUCACAGAAUGGGACCGCCAAGUGCUGAAGCGCGUAGCGUAAAAAAUCAUUUGUCCUCGAUUGCAACCCUCACUACAGAGUUCCAAACUGCCUCUGGAAGCAAUGUCAGCACAAUAACUGUUUGUCAAGAGCUUCAUGAAAUGGGUUUCCAUGGCCGAGCAGCCGCACACAAGCCUAAGAUCACCAUGCCAAUGCCAAGCGUCGGCUGGAGUGGUGUAAAGGUCGCCGCUAUUUGACUCUGGAGCAGUGGAAAUGCGUUCUCUGGAGUGAUGAAUCAUGCUUCACCAUCUGGCAGUCCGACGGACGAAUCUGGGUUUGGCGGAUGCCAGGAGAACGUUACCUGCCCCAAUGCAUAGUGCCAACAUUCUAGACGAUUCUGUGCUUCCAACUUUGUGGCAACUGUUUGGUGGAGGAGGAAUAAUGGUCUGGGGCUGUUUUUCAUGGUUCGGGCUAGGCCCCUAGUUCCAGUGAAGGGAAAUCUUAACACUACAGCAUACAAUGACAUUCUAGACAAUUCUGUGCUUCCAACUUUGUAGCAACAGUUUGGGGAAGGCCCUUUCCUGUUUCAGCAUGACAAUGCCCCCGUGCACAAAGCGAGGUGCAUACACAAAUGGUUUGUCGAGAUCGGUGUGGAAGAACUUGACUGGCCUUCAGGAGGCCUGACCUCAACCCCAUCGAACACCUUUGGGAUGAAUUGGAACACCGACUGCGAGCCAGGCCUAAUCACCCAACAUCAGUGCCACGACCUCACUAAUGCUCUUGUGGCUGAAUGGAAGCAAGUCCCUGCAACAAUGUUCCAACAUCUAGUGGAAAGCCUUCCCAGAAGAGUGGAGGCUGUUAUAGCAGCAAAGAGGGGACCCAUGAUUUUGGAAUGAGAGGUUUUAUUUUAAAGAAAUGAUUGUGGGGGACGAAUCGACCUGUUCUGAAUAUCCCCUGUGGUAAUCGCCUAUGAUUUAACUGCCAUAUGCAAUUUAAGGUUUAGGCCUUAUAAUUGUAACAAUUAGCCUACCAACAAAUAUUAGGCCUACAGAUCAAAUCAAUCCAGCUAUGGUCCAAAAUCUACCUAUCCUAAUGGUAUGUUUUCUUUGUUUCAGUGUGAACAUGAAAUCAUUGGCACUUGUUGUCCUGCUGUGCCUUGGCUGCAGUCUGAUGUCUUCCUCAUUCAUACUCGCGUCACCGUAAGUACUGGUAGGCCUAUCUGUCUCUGCAUCAAGCCCUUCAUUCCAAAGUAAGUAGCCUUUUUUGAGACACAACAGCCCAUAGGGCAGCGUGAGGCAGCUAGAGCAUUUGUCUUGACAUGCCCGAGGGAUCAAACCCCCAACCUUCCAAACCCAGGACACUCUAACCACAAGGCAACUGAGUUGGUGUCAUUCCAUAGCAGGCCUCAAUGCAAGUUAAAGGCCAUUAAAUGAGUGAGGCACUUUGAUCAUGCUAAUGUUACUAUUUUAUUGAAUGUAACUCUGCUUUAUUUCAGGCAUAUGUGGAGUAAGCUGAUCCUGACUCAACACUGGCCGAGCACAUUUUGCAGCGUAAGCUACUUUAUGGUUUCACAGCAUAGUAAACUCUACGUAUCAUGUGUUGAUCUGAUUGUAUGAUUGAUACGGUGGUCAUAAAUUGCCAGAUUUUCCACCUUGUAUGACAAAAUAAACAUUUUGAUUUGCAGAUGGAACACUGUGAUCCCAAAUUUGACUACUGGACUUUGCAUGGACUGUGGUAAGGAUGACUUAAUACAAUUCAGUAAAAAAUAAAGCUAAGAAGAUGCUACCUUUUCCCCCAACCCAAUCAUCAUGGACUUUAUGGUUUCUGAGUUUGAGUGACAACAUAACACAGAGUCCACGACAGUUUAUCUUUGUACACAUUUGACCAAUGUCUGUGUUUUACAGGCCAGAUAAAGGCCAGGAAUGCAAUUCUUCUUGGCACUUCAAUGUAACUCUAAUCCAGGUAUGUUCUGCUGGGGGAAAAAACACAUAUAUAUAGAUAGAUAGAUAGAUAGAUAGAUAGAUAGAUAGAUAGAUAGAUAGAUAGAUAGAUAUACAGUUGAAGUCGGAAGUCUACGUACACUUAGGUUGGAGUUAUUAAAACUUGUUUUUCAACCACUCCACAAAUUUCUUGUUAACAAACUAUAGUUUUGGCAAGUCGGUUAGGACAUCUACUUUGUGCAUGACACAAGUAAUUUUUCCAACAAUUGUUUACAGACAGAUUAUUUCACUUAUAAUUCACUGUAUCACAAUUCCAGUGGGUCAGAAGUUUACAUACACUAAAUUGACUGUGCCUUUAAGCAGCUUGGAAAAUUCCAGAAAAUGAUGUCAUGGCUUUAGAAGCUUCUGAUAGGCUAAUUUACAUCAUUUGAGUCAAUUGGACGUGUACCUGUGGAUGUAUUUCAAGGCCUACCUUCAAACUCAGUGCCUCUUUGCUGUCAUGGGAAAAUCUAAAUAAAUCAGCUAAGACUUCAGAAAAAAAAUAGUAGACCACAAGUCUGGUUCAUCCUUGGGAGCAAUUUCCAAAUGCCUGAAGGUACCAGGUUCAUCUGUACAAACAAUAGUACGCAAGUAUAAACACCAUGGGACCACGCAGCCGUCAUACCGCUCAGGAAGGAGACGCAUUCUGUCUCCUAGGGAUGAACGUACUUUGGUGCGAAAAGUGCAAAUCAAUCCCAGAGCAACAGCAAAGGAUCUUGUGAAGAUGCUGGAGGAAACAGGUACAAAAGUAUCUAUCUAUAUCCACAGUAAAACAAGUCCUAUAUCGACAUAACCUGAAAGGCUGCUCAGCAAGGAAGAAGACACUGCUCCAAAACCGCCAUAAAAAAGCCAGACUAUGGUUUGCAACUGCACAUGGGGACAAAGAUCGUACUUUUGGAGAAAUGUCCUCUGGUCUGAUGAAACAAAUAUAGAACUGUUUGGCCAUAAUGACCAUUGUUAUGUUUGGAGGAAAAAGGGGGUGGCUUGCAAGCCGAAGAACACCAUCCCAACCGUGAAGCACGGGGGUGGCAGCAUCAUGCUGUGGGGGUGCUUUGCUGCAGGAGGGACUGGUGCACUUCACAAAAUAGAUGGCAUCAUGAGGAAGGAAAAUUAUGUGGAUAUAUUGAAGCAACAUCUCAAGACAUCAGUCAGGAAGUUAAAGCUUGGUCGCAAAUGGGUCUUCCAAAUGGACAAUGUCCCCAAGCAUACUUCCAAAGUUGUGGCAAAAUGGCUUAAGGACAACAAAGUCAAGGUAUUGGAGUGGCCAUCACAAAGCCCUGACCUCAAACCUAUAGAAAAUGUGUGGCAGAACUGAAAAAGCGUGUGCGAGCAAGGAGGCCUACAAACCUGACUGUUACACCAGCUCUGUCAGGAGGAAUGGGCCAAAAUUCACCUAACUUAUUGUGGGAAGCUUGUGGAAGGCUACCCGAAACAUUUGACCCAAGUUAAACAAUUUAAAGGCAAUGCUACCAAAUACUAAUUGAGUGUAUGUAAACUUCUGACCCACUGGGAAUGUGAUGAAAGAAAUAAAAGCUGAAAUAAAUCAUUCUCUCUACUAUUAUUCUGACAUUUCACAUUCUUAAAAUAAAGUGGUGAUCCUAACUGACCUAAGACAGGGAAUUUUUACUAGGAUUAAAUGUAAGGAAUGGUGAAAAAACUGAGUUUAAAUGUAUUUGGCUAAGGUGUAUGUAAACUUCCGACUUCAACUGUAUAUAUAUAUAAUAGAAAAGGCAGAUUUAGCUUAUUCGUGACAAUAGAACAAACAUUUUGAGGGUACAAGUCAAGUGUUUAUAGUUUUAAAAAUUAUGAGAAAUAUUUGAUCAUGACUAUGUUUUACAGGACCUACUUCCAGAGAUGCAGAAGUGGUGGCCAGAUCUUAAAAUGCCAGCAUCCUCUGGAUUCUGGUCUGCCCUAAUUUUAUAUUUUGUAAAAAUACUUUACUCCAGGUCAUUGUUAUAUUUUCAGGUAAGAAGAUUUUUCUAAACAAAUGUUAGCGUGUUUGAUUUUCUAUUUACAGGAAAUAUGAAUGGCAAAAACAUGGAACAUGUGCUGCAAAAGCUGAGUCCCUAAACAGUCAACACAAAUACUUUGGCAAAGUCCUGGAGCUGUAUCACAAGUUAGACCUUGAUGGGUACGUGUACUGAAUUAACAAUAGAGUAUUCUCAUGAAACAUAUGUGUUAAUAUAUGGUCUUAAUACCCUGAAACAUGAUUUAUGUUCCUACUAGUUAUUUAUCAAUUAUUUGUUUGUCUUCAGAGUGAUGAAGAAAUUCAACAUUGUGCCCUCAGAGACUUACUACACUGUAAGUACAUCACUAUUACUACAUUACCAAGGACAAUGGCAUUUUGCGCUGAUUAAAUUGUUGUGUGUUUAAAGUUAGACUUCAAGCACACCAAGUAUUUCUGCAUCAUAUCAAGAAACACACUAUACUGUGUUAAGGGAAACCCUGUGUUAUGGGAAACCCUGUGCUAUGGGAAACCCUGUGCUAUGGGAAACCCUGUGCUAUGGGAAACCCUGUGUUAUGGUAAACCCUGUGUUAUGGGAAACCCUGUGCUAUGGGAAACCCUGUGCUAUGGGAAACCCUGUAUUAAGGGAAACCCUGUGCUAUGGGAAACCCUGUGCUAUGGGAAACCCUGUGUUAUGGUAAACCCUGUGUUAUGGGAAACCCUGUGCUAUGCGAAACCCUGUGCUAUGGGAAACCCUGUAUUAAGGGAAACCCUGUGCUAUGGGAAACCAUGUGCUAUGGGAAACCAUGUGCUAUGGGAAACCCUGUGCUAUGGGAAACCCUGUGCUAUGGGAAACCCUGUGCUAUGGGAAACCCUGUGCUAUGGGAAACCCUGUAUUAAGGGAAACCCUGUGCUAUGGGAAACCAUGUGCUAUGGGAAACCCUGUGCUAUGGGAAAAACUGUGCUAUGGGAAACCCUGUGCUAUGGGAAACCCUGUAUUAAGGGAAACCCUGUGCUAUGGGAAACCAUGUGCUAUGGGAAACCCUGUGCUAUGGGAAACCCUGUGUUAUGGUAAACCCUGUGCUAUGGGAAACCCUGUGUUAAGGGAACCCCUGUGUUAAGGGAACCCCUGUGUUAAGGGAACCCCUGUGUUAAGGGAAAACCUGUGCUAUGGGAAACCCUGUGCUAUGGGAAACCCGCCAUCGUUUUUAAAUGUCUGAAUAUAUUACUUACUGUUCCUGUUUGCAGAUGUAGGAUCUUGAUUUGAGCCAGUUUGCUACAGCAGGAAAAUAAUCCUGCAGCAACAGGAAAUGUGAAUUAUUAUGUGUAUUAUAAUUAAUGGACAUUUCUGUAGGGGUUGAUACAUUUUUUGUAACGGAAACUCAAGUGAGAAAUUUCAAAGUGGAAAUUACAGCCUUUUUAAACCUCAAAUGCACUACACAUUUUGAAGUUCCUGCAACAGGGUGAUUAAGAUCUUACAUCUGUACUUAGCUACUGUCAGCAAAAUGACUCAGAUGUGUGCAUGCAUCCAAUAGCAUGUGAUGAAUACUCAUGGUUAAGUUUCCUACAUUUGUGUUUUUAGUUUGACCACAUCGAAGGAAUCAUUCUCAACUUCUACAGUGUGAAACCAAAGAUUCAGUGUAUUCAUCCAGAGGUAUCAUGUUUUUUAUAUUUUGUAUUUUGGUCAAAUGUAAACUUAAGCACAACUAGUUAUUGAAUUUGCCUACAGGUUUUCUUUGAAGAGUAGAGGAUAACGUGGAUUGCGUACAAUUUUGUAUUUAGAAUACAUUUCCUUAAUCAUUCUACAUGAAUAGUAGUUGUUACACACAACUAUAUUAUAAAAUCAUGAAUCCUAACCCUAAAUCUAGAACGUAUCAUUAAGUUAUUUCUUGUUCACAGGGAGGGAAGGUGCAAAUCUUGGGCCAGAUCGAGAUCUGCUUCGACUCAGACUUCCAACUUGCCAACUGUGAGCAUUCUGAGACAGACACUCUGAACCUAACUGACUUCCUGAAUGUUAAGGGUACAGAGUUUAGUGUAUGUGACCAUGCCACACCAGUCUACUACCCUCCCCUGAAGGGGAAGCCAUCAAUGUAGUGGCUAGUGAGGUCUGGUUACUCUAUAACCAGUCAUAUCUCACAUGGAACAUACACUCUUAGAAAAAAGGGUUCCAAAACGGUU